GCUCUCUCCAUUCCUCCAUACUCAGAGUACACGUCUGAUUUUCUCUUUCGAUUCUUCCAAAAUCUGAGUCAGACUGCUCCCAGUGCCAUGAAUGGAGACGACGCCUUUGCAAGGAGACCCAGGUUUGUUUCUCAAAUACCAGAGACGGUGCAAAAGGUCUUCGAUGAUAUUGCCAAAUACUUCUCUAAGAAAGAGUGCGAAAAGAUGAAAGCCUGGGAGAAAAUCAUCUAUGUGUAUAUGAAGCUAAACUAUGAGGCCAUGACUAAACUAGGUUUCAACGUCACCCUCUCACCUUUCACGUGUAAUAAACGGGCUGCAGACCUCCAGGGGAAUGAUUUUGAUAAUGACCGUAACCGUGGGAAUCAGGGAGAAGUAUCAGCCCCUAGAAAGGGCCUUUCCAAGGAGGACUAUAUCAGGUCUGACAUUUUCAUGAUCAACAGCCAGCCAUCUACCAGUUCUCGCCAAUCCUAUCUGUAUUUCAUCAGCAAUGAACAGAACCAAGCUGGGAGCAUGAGAUGGGACGAGGGUCAGACUGCUCCCGGUGCCAUGAACGGAGACAACGACUGUGCAAAGAGAGCUAGGGAUGAUGCUCAAAUACCAGAGAAGAUACAAAAGGCCUUCGAUGAUAUUGCCAAAUAUCAGCAACGUAAUAAUAAAAUGAGGCUAUCGGGGUUUGUGCCUCCACUGGUGAUCAAGAAGGAUGAGAUUCGAGAGUCCAUUGAAAUCAUUAACAAGACCAUCAAGAGUCUUUCUGAGGGUAGCAGCUGUUUUCAGUGGUCGCUGCUGGAGACAGGUGGUCCCUCACCUGAGAUCAUGCCGAAAAACCCAGCAGAGGAAGGAAAUGAUUCGAAGGAAGUGCCAGAAGCAUCUGCCCCACAGAACCAUGGGAAACAGCUGUGCCCCCCGGGAAAUCCAAGUACCUCUCAGAAGAUUCACGAGACAUCUGGAAAUAGGGAGGCCCAAGAAAAGGAAGGUAGGCAAGGAAGAGCUCAUCGGUGGAGCAGUCAGAACACACACAACAUUGAUCGAUUACGUUCGUCAUCUUCUGUGGGCGCAGUUCUUAGUACCCCCAAAGCAUUUACACAGAAUAGGGACCCGAAACGGGGAAACAUGCCUGGACCCACAGACUGCGUGAGAGAAAGCAGGUGGUGAUUUAUGAAGAGAUCAGCGACCCUGAAGAAGAUGACGAGUAACUCCCCUCGGGGAUAUGACACAUGCCCAUGAUGAGAAGCAGAAUGUGGUGACCUUUGACGAACAUGGGUAUGGCUGCGGACCCCUCAUCAUCAGGUGUAUAGCAAGUGAAAGCAAGUGUUCACAACAGUGAAAAGUUGAGCAUCAUUUUUCUUAGUGUGCCAAGAGUUAGAUGUUAGCGUUUCUGUUGUAUUUUCUUACGCUGUGUCAUUCUGUUAGAUAUUAUCCUUUUCAUUGAUAAGCAAGACAUACUUAACGCAUAUUUCAGUUUGUGUAUCCAUGCAUCUACUUAAAAAGCAAGUAUCGUCAGGUAUUCUCUGCAUAGAACAGCACUACCCUCCUCUCUCCCCAGAUGUGACUACUGAGGGCAGUUCUGAGUGUUUAAUAUCAGAUUUUUUCCUCUGCAUUUACACACCACACAUGCACGCGCCUGCACACACACACACAAACACACACUCACACCAAGUACCACUAUAAGCAUCUCCCAUCUGCUUUACCCCAUUGCCAUGCGUCCUGGUCAAGCCCCCCUCGCUCGGUUUCCUGUUCAGCAUGUACUCCCCUCAUCCGAUUCCCCUGUAUCAGUUACUGACAGUUAAUAAACCUUUGCAAACAUUC